AUGCCCACACAAUCUGGUAAACGCCUCCGUUCUCCUGCGGCUCCUGCUACUGAAGCACGUAGUAAUCACAAGACUAGUGCUCAAAACCAUCCCAAUUCCAGCAAUCGAGUUCCAAAGCGAGCUAGAGGAGUCCGACUCAAUCUUAAACAACCAGAAAGUUUACUCUUACCAGAAGAGUUGGCCUUGCGUUUUCGUGAUUGCAACGAUGCACUAAAGAAGAACUGGCUCAGCGAUAUUCAAAAUGGACACUUCACUAUUGAGAAGAUUCCUGCUUCUGAAAUGAUUACAUUGAAAAGAAAAACCAAGAACAAAUCGAGUAAAAAACAUAAAUCGAAAUCAACUCAACCACACGCAGCAUCCCCUGUAACCACUCAAGAUCACACCCGAAAUCAAGGAACUUCAGAUCAAGUGGAGUCUCAAUCUAUCUCUCAAACUCAAACCCUUUCUGAUCAAAGUCAAUCACAAAAUGGUGAAUCAUUGAAGAAAAAUAAAUCAAAGAAAUCAAAGAAACCAGCUAAGAAGAGUCGCCGGGAUGAUGAUGAAUCCUCCGAGUACGAGACAGCAUCUUAG